ACUAGUGGCUUUGUAAAUUAUUUGUUAAAUAGCUGUUAGCUAUAGCUAUACAUCUAUAAAUUCUUGAAGUUUUAACACCAAAAACCUUUUUUCACCCAAUAUUUCUUUACUAGGUAUCCUGCGAGCCGCGCUGCCGUUCAGUAUUUUAAUUGAAACAAUAUGGGAAGAAAGCAUUACUGUGACUAUUGCCAGAAGCAUAUACAGCGAGAUCCGGACAUAGUACGUAAACAUAACGAGGGAAUUACACACCUUCGAAGUAAAGCUGCCCACUUCGAGAGAUUUAAAGAUCCUACUGCAAUUCUCAAAGAAACGUUAAAGAAAAAACCAUGCCGAAGGCUGUUUAGCUUAGAAGAGUGUCCAUUUGGAGCAGCAUGUCGCUAUAGCCAUUAUCGUCCGGAGGAAGUUAAAAAACUCCAACAGCAAGCUCGUUGGCUCGAGGAACACAAAACAAAACGCACUGCGGACAUACUGGAGAAGCUGUGUGCGGCGGAUGCUAUAACAGAAAAUUUUCUUUCCAAGCGCUCAGAAAAACAAGCGAAGGAAUCUAGCGAGUUUAAACCAUUCUGGACAUACCGGAAGGAAUCAAACGAGAUAAAUCUUCCACCCUCGUUGCAGGAGAUCGAUCCGGCUCGAAUCGAUUUCAACAGUUUUGUUGGCUGGGGCUAGGUGAUAUGUGUUGCAAUUGAGUAAAGUAUUUGUUUUUCUAGUAAAAUAUAGUAGACAUCUAUAUAUUUUAGAUUAAUGUCAGUUUCGUCAAUAUAUCAUUGCAAAUAUG